AUGUGCUUUAUGAACUCCUUCAGCAUAUUCUGAAGCAGAGGAAACCCAGGAUCCUUUUUUCACCGUUCUUCCACCCUGGAAACUCUAUACACACCCAGCCGGAGGUCAUGCUGCAUCAGAACCACGACGAAGAUAACUGUGUCCAGAGGACCCCCAGGCCAUGCGUGGAGAACGUGCACCACAACCCUCCCACCAUUGAACUGCUGCACCGCUCCAGGUCCCCCGUCACCACGAACCACCGGCCUUCCCCCGACCCCGAGCAGCGGCCCCUCCGGUCCCCCCUGGACAACAUGAUCCGCCGCCUCUCCCCGGCCGAGAGGGCACAGGGGCCGAGGCUCCACCAGGAGAACAACCACCAGGAGCCCUACCCUCUGUCCGUGUCUCCCAUGGAGAAUAAUCACUGCCCGCCGUCCUCUGAGCCCCACCCGAAGCCAGCCAGCCCGCGGCAGGAGAGCACGCGCGUGAUCCAGCUGAUGCCCAGUCCCAUCAUGCACCCCCUCAUCCUGAACCCCCGGCACUCCGUGGAUUUCAAACAGUCCAGGCUCUCGGAGGACGGGCUGCACAGGGAAGGGAAGCCCAUCAACCUCUCUCACCGGGAAGACCUGGCCUACAUGAACCACAUCAUGGUGUCUGUGUCCCCGCCGGAAGAGCACGCCAUGCCCAUCGGGAGAAUAGCAGACUGUAGACUGCUUUGGGAUUACGUCUAUCAGUUGCUUUCUGACAGCCGGUACGAAAACUUCAUCCGAUGGGAGGACAAAGAAUCCAAAAUAUUCCGGAUAGUGGAUCCCAAUGGACUGGCUCGACUGUGGGGAAACCAUAAGAACAGAACAAACAUGACCUAUGAGAAAAUGUCCAGAGCCCUGCGCCACUACUACAAACUAAACAUUAUCAGGAAGGAGCCGGGACAAAGGCUUUUGUUCAGGUUUAUGAAAACUCCAGAUGAGAUCAUGAGUGGCCGAACAGACCGUCUGGAGCACCUCGAGUCCCAGGAGCUGGAUGAGCAAAUGUACCAGGAAGACGAAGGCUGAAGGAGCCUGCACGCCACCUCAACGGCCGGCGGCCAAGGGACCCCUGCCCAUCAGGACUGCCGGGGCGUGACGGAGCAGGCGGGCUGAGGAGCUUGGAAAGAAGAAACCAGAAAUGGCAGUGAUGCUUCUCUUGCACACCAAGAGGGACCCCAGAGCACCUUAGACAAACCACCCAGCAAAGGCGGGGCUGGAAUUCUGGCAGAGGGCACGGGCCUGGGACUCGCCUGUCACGUCUCCUUCUCAUUUGGAAUCUCUCCAUCUGUAACUCCUCUCCCUCACCCUCCCACUUGUUCUUGGCUUCAUGGUGUUUUUGUUUUUGUUUUUUUAAAAACAUGCAGUUUGACUUUUCAUCAUUCAUAUAGGGGAAGACAUCUGAUGUUGUUUUCCUAUGAAAAUAUAUAUCUAUUAUAUAUAUAUUUUUUUUGCAAAUCUCAUAAAGUAUGGCAAGCCCAGCUGGUCAGGAAAAAAAUACUUGCAGAAGGUUCAGGUUCCUGUUUUCCUGCCACGUGGAUCAGGUUUGUUCCUGUUGGUGUUGGGUCUUGGCUGAAAAGAAAAAAAUGCUUUUAAA